UCUUUUGUUCCUGCUAAAAGAUAAUCAUGCGAAUGGCAGCAGCUCUUCAGAAGUUGUUUUUCUGCAUCUUCUUUGCCCUUUUUUGGAGGGCAAAAGCACUGGAAAGGAGCGAUUUUCCCUCAAAUUUCAUAUUUGGAACAGCUUCCGCUGCCUAUCAGUAUGAAGGUGCAUGGAACGAGGACGGUAAAGGUCCUAGCGUAUGGGAUGACUUCUCUCAUUCACCAGGAAGAAUAGUCGAUGGGAGCAAUGGAGAUGUGGCAGAUGAUCAAUAUUAUAGAUAUGCGGAAGAUAUGGAGCUUGUGGAUUCACUUGGAUUGAAAGCGUAUAGAUUCUCCAUAUCCUGGUCUCGCAUCUUCCCGGAUGGUAGGGGAAAAAUCAACAUGGCUGGGAUUGAAUAUUACAAUAAUUUGAUCAAUGCGCUUCUGAAAAAGGGCAUCGAGCCAUUUGUUACUCUGUUCCAUUUCGACCUUCCAAAAGCGCUUGAGGAUUCCUACGGCGGAUGGCUCAGUCCACACAUAGUAAAGGAUUUUGAAGCUUAUGCAGAUGUUUGCUUCGAAGCCUUUGGUGACAGAGUCCGAUACUGGGCUACGCUAAAUGAGCCGAAUCUGUUUGUCCCGUUGGGUUACACCAUCGGAAGAUUUCCACCUGCAAGGUGUUCUUUCCCUUUUGGCACUUGCCUCCAUGGGAAUUCUCUCUCUGAACCAUAUCUUGCUGGACACCACAUUCUGCUUAGCCAUGCAGCCGCAGUCAAUAUUUAUAACAACAAAUAUCAGAAAACUCAAAGAGAGUCGAUUGUGUUUGUUGUUAGCUCGUCAUGGUAUGAAGCAUUGGAAGAUACACCAGAUGACCAAGCAGCUGUGGAUAGAAUGCUGGCAUUCAAUAUUAGAUGGUUUCUGGACCCAAUUGUUUUUGGGGAUUAUCCGGGUGAAAUGCGCGAAAAACUGGGAUCGCGUCUACCAAAAUUUAGUCCCGAAGAGUCAGGGAAGCUUGCUGGAUCAUUCGAUUUCAUGGGCAUAAACCACUACAUAACUGUAUACGCAACCAGUAACCCCCAUCUUUCUCCUCAUCUUCUUCCACAGAGAUACCCAGAUUCCAUGGUUUAUUUGACUGGCGAGAGAAAUGGAAUUCCCAUCGGAGAACAGACAGCAAUGGAGGGAUCAUAUGUGGUGCCUCGGGGUAUUCAGAAUUUUGUCCAGUAUCUGACAGAAAUCUACAACAGGCCUCCAAUUAUCAUCACAGAGAACGCAUGGCAGAAUCAAAGAAUGCAUCCUCCAAUUUGCCAGAAGCUCUAGAAGAUGCAAGGAGGAUAAAUUUUCACAGUGAUUACUUGAAGUGUUUGGCAAAAGCAAUCAGGAUUGGAUCAGAUGUCCGUGGAUACUUCAUUUGGUCUCUUUUGGACAACUUUGAAUGGACGCAUGGUUUCACAAUUCAAUUCGGGCUUUAUCAUGUGGAUAGCCUUUGUCAGCACAGAUAUCCCAAGUUAUCCGCUCACUGGAUUAAACAGUUUCUUCAUAAGAAUACGAGUGAUACAGAAAACACCACAAUUUACCCACAACUAGACAAUGCAGCAACAAGAAGAAUAAUUUAGUUUAAAUUGGUCGUUCACCAUUUUUUUUGUUUAAAUAUCUGAUUGAAAUCUAAUGUUUGGAGAUUUGAUUGAAGUCAGUACCUACUUUAGUUUGAAUGCUUGAAAUGUCAGCAAUGAAUGCUGUACAUUUUUUAGUUUUAUAUUCGUCUGUCUUAUGUGUAGCAAUAAAAGAUGGAUGCCAUCACAUUUUGGAGGCCCCAUUAUAAUGAAUGCAUUCUGCGUGAUAUGAAUUUUAUAUUAUCUGUAUAGUGUAUAGACACUGUCAACGUCGUGCAGGUCACACCAGAAUAAUGUUUUUUAAGCAGAAGUGCAGUGCAGGAUAAGGGAGAGGGCCUCAUGGUGGAGCCGGCUUGUAUAGUUGAGAUAGUGGUUGAUUGGGUUCAUUAUAUGCCCAAA